GAAUGUGGCUUAAAUAAGUGUUUAUGACCUCUUAGUAGUUAAGAGACAAGGUUUAUUAGAUGACCGAAACAAACUGAAAAUACCAGUUACCCUUUGUGACAGAACGGCUCAAUAUUUUUAAUAAAGGCCAAUUGAAGAUAUGAUUUUUAGCCACAAAUGAGUAAAAUGCAAUCAUAAACAAAAAUUGCCUCCAAAGGUGUACAUAGCCUUUAAACGUUUUACAAGUUCCUCUCAAAAAGAAUGAAAAGACUGAGUUGGUUUAGUAAAACACAUUACAGAGGUUAUCUGUGCAAGGUGUCCUUCCACUAGGUCGGCGCUGUAGAGUUGAGAAGGUUCCAUUAGUCUUUUAUGGUGUUGGAGACAAGGACUUAAAAACAAUUAUGGCUUGACCACCACAUAUGACUGGUAUUUGUGAGACUGGGGUGUCUAUGGCUCCUCCCACAUGUGCCCCUCAUAUGCCAGUGCAUUAGUUGGUGUGGUCUCAGUCCCUUCGAGGAGACAUUUUAGAAAACUUUCUUCACAAAAUGGCUUACUUCCUGUAGAGAGAGGAAGUGGUGUAUCCAGAGGACUGCAACGUUUACUGAGGUAAUGGAGACAAAGGACACUUAUUAGCUUAGAGGGUGCAGCACCCCUGCUAGUGAAGGAGAGCCCCCUGCCCUGUGUAGCAGGGUCCCCUGUGCCCCUCAUGCUGGGUGCCCCUUCCCGAGUACUGGGUGGUAAUGGUGGAGAUGGAGGGGGUGGGUCCUCAGUACAUCGCCUGAGUUCUGGGGUAAAUGUACAGAGUGUCAAUCACAGGCAGAGCUCAGAGCUGGGAAGGAGCUACAGAUGGCGGCUGUGCCUUAGAGAGCGCACUCUUCUUGCCGCUUUCCCCUUCACUUCAGGCACCUACCUGGGCACCUGCUACUACAAAGGCCCGGAGCCUGCCACCUGCCCCGGGUACACGAUGGAGAAGAGCACGGAGGAGGAGGACGGCGGCUCAGCGCGCAGCAAUGCAUCCAGCCAUUCAGCAUCAGAAGAGUCCAAUCACUCUGCGUCCGAGUUCGGCAGCCAAUCAGAAAGUGAACAGGCCAGCGAGUCCAACAGCAACUUGGAGUCAUCAGAGAGCCAGUCUGAAUCAGAAUGUGAAUCAAAUGGUUCUAAAUCACAGGAGCAAACCUCUGACACGAAAGAGAAGUCUCUUCCCAAAAAGGAGAGGCUGGCGGAUGUGAAAAAGAUGUGGGAAGAAUACCCUGAUGUGUAUGGUGUAAGGAGGUCAAACAGAAGCAGGCAAGAACCGUCAAGAUUCAACAUGAAAGCAGAGACCACAGAUUCUGAAAGUGAAAGCCCAAAGAGAAGGAGUGCAAGAAUGGCAAACAAAAAAGAGAAGAAAAAAAUGUCAGAUGACUAUGAUGAUGAUGAUGAUGACGACGAUGAUGAUGUUAGCAGUGAAGAAAGUGACCUAGAACCACCAAAAUCCAGAUCCAGACAACUGAGAAGCUCGACAUCCAAAGCUUUGUCAAGAAAGCAAAAGAAACCACAACGUGGAAGAAGAAGAAAGGCUGAUUCCAGUGAGGAUGAAGAUGAAGAUGAGGAUGAUGAUGCUCCUAAGAGGCAGACACGACGUAGGACAGCUAAACAUGUUAGCUACAAAGAAGAUGAUGACUUUGAAACAGAUUCUGACGAUCUGAUCGAAAUGGCAGGAGAGGAAGCAGAGGAACAAGAAGAAAGCCAUGAGACUAUUGAAAAAGUUUUGGAAUCCAGGAAUGGGAAGAAAGGAGCUGUUGGAGCCCCUACAACUGUGUAUGCUGUUGAAAUGAAUGGGGACCCCUGUGCUGACUUUAAUCCUGAAACUGAUGAAGGAGAACACCAGUUUCUUAUAAAAUGGAAAGGCUGGUCUUACAUCCACAUCACAUGGGAGAAUGAGGAAUCUUUACAGCAACAAAAGGUUAAAGGCUUGAAGAAGCUGGAGAACUUCAAGAAGAGAGAGGACGAAAUCAAACAGUGGUUGUCAAAAAUUUCUCCUGAAGAUCUUGAGUAUUAUAAUUGCCAGCAGGAGCUGGCACUCGAACUGAACAAGCAGUACCAGAUAGUUGAGAGAGUCAUAGCUGUGAAGACUGGUAAAUCUGGCUCUGGACACUCUGAAUUUCCAGUGAGCACCAGAAGGAACUCCUCCUCCAACGAGCCAGAGUACCUAUGCAAGUGGAUGGGUCUCCCCUAUGCUGAGAGCAGCUGGGAGGAUGGCGCGCUCGUAGGGAAGAAGUUUCAGCACUGUAUUGAUAGCUUCAACAGCCGGAAUAACUCAAAAAACACCCCUGUGAAAGACUGCAAGGUCCUGAGACAGAGACCCCGGUUUGUGACAUUGAAGAAGCAGCCUUCUUACCUUGGUAGUGAGGUUCUUGAACUCCGUGAUUACCAGCUGGAGGGCCUCAACUGGCUAGCACAUUCUUGGUGCAAGAAUAACAGUGUAAUCCUAGCGGAUGAGAUGGGCCUGGGAAAAACUAUUCAGACAAUUUCCUUCCUCUCCUACCUGUUUUACCAGCAUCUGCUUUAUGGCCCAUUUCUCAUAGUGGUGCCCUUAUCUACUCUAACAUCCUGGCAAAGGGAGUUUGAGGCGUGGGCUCCUGAAAUAAAUGUGGUGGUCUACAUUGGAGAUGUUGGAAGUAGAAAUACGAUAAGGGAGUAUGAGUGGGUUCAUCAGCAGAGCAAGAAGAUGAAGUUUAAUGCACUGCUAACAACAUACGAAAUUUUACUGAAGGAUAAGGCUGUUCUGAGUAGUAUUAAUUGGGUUUUUCUUGGAGUUGAUGAAGCACAUCGGUUGAAGAAUGACGACUCCUUAUUGUACAAGACCCUCAUAGAUUUCAAGUCUAACCAUAGAUUGCUGAUUACUGGAACUCCGCUCCAAAAUUCUUUGAAGGAACUCUGGUCACUUCUGCACUUUAUUAUGCCAGAAAAGUUUGAAUAUUGGGAGGACUUUGAGGAAGAACAUGGAAAAGGAAGAGAAAAUGGUUAUCAAAGUCUCCACAAAGUUCUUGAGCCAUUCUUGCUGCGAAGAGUUAAGAAAGAUGUAGAAAAGUCUCUUCCAGCUAAAGUAGAGCAGAUCCUUCGCAUAGAGAUGUGUGCUCUGCAGAAGCAGUAUUACAAGUGGAUCUUAACAAGAAAUUACAAGGCUUUGUCCAAGGGAACAAGAGGUAGCACUUCUGGCUUCCUUAACAUCGUAAUGGAACUUAAAAAAUGCUGCAAUCACUGCUUCCUUAUAAAAUACCCAGAAGAUACAGAAAAGGAAACCAAACUUGAAGGUCUUCAGUCAUUGAUCCGGAGCAGUGGGAAACUCAUACUUUUAGAUAAACUGCUGACCCGACUCCGUGAAAGAGGUAACAGGGUGCUCAUCUUCUCUCAGAUGGUACGCAUGUUGGACAUCCUGGCUGAAUACCUCACCAUUAAACACUAUCCUUUUCAGAGACUUGAUGGCUCAAUAAAGGGAGAGAUUCGUAAGCAAGCACUGGACCACUUUAAUGCCGAAGGCUCGGAGGAUUUUUGUUUCUUGCUGUCUACACGUGCCGGCGGGCUUGGAAUAAAUUUGGCUUCUGCUGACACAGUAGUUAUCUUCGACUCAGAUUGGAAUCCUCAAAAUGACUUACAGGCCCAGGCCAGAGCUCACAGGAUUGGUCAGAAGAAACAGGUGAAUAUUUACCGCCUUGUUACAAAAGGAACAGUUGAAGAAGAAAUCAUAGAAAGGGCAAAGAAGAAGAUGGUUCUUGACCACCUUGUAAUCCAGCGUAUGGACACCACUGGUCGGACUGUGCUGGAAAAUAAUUCUGGAAGUUCAAAUUCCAACCCAUUUAACAAGGAGGAAUUGGCUGCUAUUCUGAAGUUUGGAGCAGCAGACCUCUUUAAGGAACCAGAAGGAGAGGAAUCAGAACCCCAGGAAAUGGAUAUUGAUGAAAUUUUGCGUAUGGCAGAGACCAGAGAGAACGAGCCUAGCUCUAGUGCAACCGACGAGCUGCUGUCUCAAUUCAAGGUCGCUAACUUUUCAACUAUGGAAGAAAUAGAACCUCAUCUUGAAAACCAAGGACAAAGGGACUGGGAAGAUAUCAUUCCUGAGGAUCAGAGGAAAAAAAUUGAAGAGGAAGCCCGGCAAAAAGAGUUAGAAGAAAUCUACAUGCUUCCCAGGAUCAGGAGCUUAAACAAAAAGGCACAAGCAAAUGACAGUGAGUCUGAUCUGGAAUCCAAGCAGAAAGCCCAGCGUUCUUCUGGUUCAGAGAGUGAUUCUGAUGACUCGGAUGAUGACAGAAAACCCAAGCGCAGAGGACGUCCCCGCAGUGUUCGAAAGGACACAGUGGAAGGUUUUACAGAUGCAGAGAUUAGAAGGUUUAUAAAGGCAUACAAAAAGUUUCCGACUCCUCUCGAAAGACUUGAGUGCAUUGCACGUGAUGCAGAACUUGUGGAGAAAUCAGUGGCAGAUCUCAAGAGAUUGGGAGACCUUUUACACUCAAGCUGUGCUUCAGCCAUGCAGGAGUUUGAAGAACAAUUAAAAGAGAAUCCAACGGAUGGUAAAGGUCCUGGCAAAAGAAGAGGUCCAACUAUAAAAAUUUCUGGUGUCAAAGUGAAUGUAAAAGCUAUUCUUCAACAUGAGGAAGACUUUGAAAUUCUCAGUAAAGCGGUUCCUAAAGAUGCAGAGGAGAAGAAAAAGUUCCAAUUGUCUAGUCGGGUUAAAGCUGCUCAUUUUGAUGUGGAUUGGAGUAUAGAAGAUGACUCCCAUUUGCUCUUGGGGAUUGUUGAACAUGGCUAUGGAAACUGGGAGCUCAUUAAAAGUGACCCAGAGUUGAAGCUGACGGAUAAGAUCUUACCUGUGGAAACGGAGAAGAAACCUCAAGGAAAACACUUGCAGACCAGAUCAGACUAUCUACUGAAAAUCCUUAAGAAGGAAAUGGAAAAAAAAGAAGGUGGCCCAACAGAUGAAGCAAAAAAGAAAAGAAGGCCACGUGCAAAGAAAGAUAGUGCAGGCAAAGUGAAGGAUGAGCAUGGUAAUGAGAUCUCCUCACCUAGGCUUUCUGACAACCCAUCGGAAGAUGCAGAAACCAAGGAGGAUGGCUCGCUGAAGAGUCCAAACAAGAAGAAACAAAAGAAAAAGGACAACAAAGAAAAUAAGGACAAACAGAACCAAAAAAAGGAUGCCACCAAAGAGAAAAGGAAGCCAAAGGAAAAGCCGAAGCGGGCUGAAACCAAGGGGGGUGCCAGAAGUAAAAAGAACCAGGGACCUGUCCACAUUACGGCCGGGAAUGAUCCUGUCCCCAUUGGGGAAGAGGAGGAAGAUGAUCUUGAUCAGGAGACCUUCAGCAUUUGCAAGGAGAGAAUGAGGCCUGUGAAAAAAGCUCUGAAACAACUUGAUAAACCAGACAAAGGACUGACUGUCCAAGAACAGCUAGAACACACAAGGACGUGCUUACUGAAAAUCGGAGAUCGCAUCUCUGAGUGCCUUCAAUUAUACUCUGAGCAGGAUCAAAUUAGGUUAUGGAGGAGGAAUCUCUGGAUUUUUGUCUCAAAAUUCACUGAAUUUGGUGCCAGGAAGUUGCACAAGUUGUACAAGACGGCUCAUAAAAAGAGGUCACAGAAAGAGGAGGAACAAAAGAAAAAAGAAGCACCACCAAGCAAGAAACCUUUUCGAUCAGAGCCAUCUGGAUCCAGCCGUGACUCUGUUAACUCCCCGCCGCAUGGACCGCAUAUGCAACAAAAACAUCACAUUAUUCCACCUCCACCCCAGCAUAUGCACGGGCAUCAAAGAGAAAAUUACACCAGUCCUAACAAAAGACCGUUCAAUAAUGCAGAUCGAGGUGAGUGGAGAGAUCGGAAGUUUAACUAUGGGGGCAACAACAGUCAGCAGUGGAUGGGGGACCGACACCACCAGUAUGACCAGCACCGAUAUAAAGAUCAUCACUAUUCUGAUCGGCGUAUUCAUGGUGAUCCUAGGAAUUCUGCAAACUACAGGCCAAACCCUGCGCCUCGUAAGAGGCCCUAUGACCAGUAUAACAAUGAACGGGAUCACAGAGGUCACAGGGAAUAUUAUGACAGACAUCACCAUGACAAUAAACGGAGGCGAGCAGAUGAAUUUCGUUCUCCAGGCUACCAUCAGCAGGACUUUAGACGAAUGGGGUCCGACCAUAGGCCACCUAUGGGAUACCAUGGGCAAGGACCUUCUGACCACUAUCGGUCUUUUCACCCAGAAAAAUCUGGGGAUUAUAAAAGUUCUUCCCAGCAGUCGUCAUCUCUUUCAGACCCUCGUUCUCCCCCAGUUCAAAGAUCCCCUCAUGAAUCAAAAUCUCCACUGGACAGAUCAUUAGAACAUAAGAAUACAGACUACAAUUGGAAUUCCCGGAAAACAUAGGGGAGACAUUUGGAUUUCAAGUUCUAAUAAAAGCCCACAAUGGCCACUUGCUUAAAGUGGACCUUGCUGCUAUAGACUGUGCUUGUUUGAGAGCUAGGAAUCCUUGAUAUUCUAAUAUAAGGCAUAUGGCUCACUUUUCAGAAGAGUUUAACCUGUGCCAAGCAUAUGAAGUGAACAGACACAUUUCUUUUCUCAUGAUCUUUUUAUAUAAUUUCAAUCAGGUUUCUCUUUGAGUGCUUAGGUGGUAUUUGGGACUCCUACAAUAUAAAAUAUUCCUUGAAGAAUGGACAGCAUUUAAUUGCUGGUGAUGUAUGGUUCAGAGCCAUGAAGACUUGCCUACAAUUGAAGUCUGAUGCAUUUUAUGAAUAUAACAAGUGUUUAACUUAUCUGUCUAAUAUACUUGUGCACAAACAGUUCCACAUUCAGUGAAGAAAAGCUACGAGUUGACGUUCACAUACAAAAUGACUUUUCUAUAGCAUUGGUUUAGAAAGGGAAGAAGCAAAUGUGGACAAGGCCCCAAACAUCCCUUAAUCAUCUCACAUACCGUACGUACAUUUCCCAAAGAUUUUGAUUUGUCAGUGGUUGAUCAAGUGCAACAAUGAACAUUAGAUCCCUUAUCGAUCAACCUGAUCAGGAGGGCAGAUCCUAAGAAACUGACAUCCCAGUCAAAUGGUCUCUACUUGUUAUUUGUGACACCUGUAAGGCUUAGACAACUCCACCCUCCACGUACACCCGCACACAUUACCUUCUAAUAUAUAUGAUCUACUUACCACUUCAGUAUUUUCUAAAAUACUACCCAGGGCAGCCAUACUUAUUCAUAGUCACAGUAGAUUUCAUUGUAUGAUAUACAAGUGUUACCCCGUGUGUAGCACAUGAUCUCACUGUGCAGUAGAUAAAACAAGCCGUAUAGUUUAACUGAAAUUCCUACAUAAUGAUAGUAUCAUAUGUAUCUUAUCAAUAUGGCCCCUUAUUAUCACUUGUCCCACAUAUGUGCAAAUACAACCUAAAAAGAUGUGGUAACCCUUCUGCUUUGACACUUUUUUUAUUCAACCUUUUAGGUGGCUUUCAGUAAUUGAUAUACUCAAGAGUCCCAAAGUGUUGCUUUUGCCAAAAAAUAAAAUAUAACUUAAUGAAAUUGCAGUAUUAGGAAGAUGGUGUUAACGGACAUAUUCUAGGUUUAUAUAUGUAAUUGUGCCCAGAAUAACAGUUUUUUCUAUACUCAUUACUUAUUUUUCUGGGACAAAGCCCCCUCUACAAUAGCAGGUACAUUUAUUUCCCAGUUUUUGGCUUUUUCCCCCCAAUUGCUAGAACACACUACGGCAAGAAGAGAUGAAAAUAAUUUUUCUGUUCACGUUUUUGUUAAAAAUAGGUAAAUCAUGGAAUAUAAAAAUAAAAUAAGUAACUUAAGCUAAUGUCAACCUUGAACUCCAUUUUUAAUCUAAAUAGGUUAUAAAUUAUGUGCAAACUUGUUAGUAUAUCUUUAUAGUAGUCAGAGUUCCAGUUUUCUCAUGCAGAACUCCAUAGCCUACAAAGCUUCAAAUGAGAAAUUCCUGGCUACUAGCACCUGCCACUAGAGGGAGCUUACUGCAUACUGUGUUAUUAUGGAGUUCAAUGUAUAAUGAUAUCUGUUAGCUCCAUCUAGUGGCAGCCACGGGCCACUAUUCACUGUAUUAUGUCUGCACCAGGCUCUAUAAGGAUAUGUUCAUUAUGUUAUCCUAAACCAUAUAAAUGCAGGGCAACAUUUUUCACGUGUACUGAGCCAAUGUGCUGAAUAGGCCUGUAUGUGUUUAUAGAAGCACAUCAUCUUAAAAAAAAACAUGAAAAGAUUUCGACCUUUGCACUAAUUGUAUUCACUGACUGUAUCUAGUGCUAAUUUGGAUCAGAACCAUAUGGGUGGUUUUCAGAUUGCUGCAAUACUUGUAUUAAUCCUAUCAAAAUGGAUUCGCCCGUAUAUAAAUGAUAGCAGCAUAUUCUACGUAGCACAGUGUCGGAUUGAUAUCCUCAUCUGUCCGAGGGAUGGUGCACACACUUUUACUGUCAGUGACAGGUUUGAGCAUGCUUCAUCUGAUUCAGGAUGAGCAUUAGCAACCCUCUAUUAGUAUAUUAUAUAUUAUAGAAGCAGAUGCAUUUGUUGGAUUUCUGCACAUAAAAUGAAAUUUACGUGUGCAGGGGCCGUCUAUAUAUUAGUAGGCAAGUAGAGUCCAAGAUAGGAAAUUUUCCAUCAAUUUAUAUUGUACAGUAAACCCCUGACCAAAUGAACUAUAAGUAAGAGUAAUUACAUCUGAGCCUUGAAUAACUUGGACUCAUUAGUAUUAUUAGGCUAAAAUAAAUCAGAAAUUAUUAAUAUUUGCCUAUUAGUAUUUGAAACAAGUGGAGACGGUAUUAAAGAGAAUGUGUCAUUAGAAAAUGACCUAUUGUUUAAAUCACAUUUUUAUGUGAACCAUAUUUUUUUUCCCCAUGUUUUCCAGUUUUUCCAUGUCACUAUCUAUGUUAAAAAAAAAUAUAUAUAUUGAUUUCCCUUCAGUACAGGUAAUGUUUUAGUAGCAACUAUAAUUAUCUCAACAUGCAGAAUUACAAUGACCAGUAACAGCUCUAUGAAGAUGACACAGAAUCCACCAUUCACAAUUGGAGAUAUCACUGCUUUAUCUGCUCCUUCCUGACCUCUACACAGGUCACACAGCAUGCCUACAAAUCUAUCCCAUAGAAGUCAAUGAGGUCAGCGCCUGUUCAUUGUGUCUGUGGCCCAUGUAGCUGAUCUCAAAAGACAGGCCUAGUGGCUAGUGUGGAAAUUCUAAAAGAGGAAAAAUAGGCGGCUCACUGUCUGGUGACUCACUCAGUCAGAAAAAGGAUAUAUAAUAGUGUGCAAUACAUAUAGGACAGGCACACAAUCUAUGGAACUACGGAUAACCUCUCAUGAC